CGCGCGAGCUCCACACUCCGGCGCGUGCUGUCUGCUUGAAUUGUGCGGGACGCUGAACAAACCGGCAUCACUAAGCUCGUGCGUUACGGUUUAAGAGAACAUACGUACAAUCUGAUAUUCAGGGUUUUUACUCACUGAAGGCAGUCGCAGACUGAAGUGUUUUACAGCCCAUGUGGUUUGUGUAGUGGGCAGCGAGCUUGUGAGAAGCAGUUAGAUAGAGGAAAAUGGCCUCGGACGAGCUGUCAGCGAAGCUUAACCGGCGGCUGAAGAUAGAGGAGGGCGAGGAGGAGCCGCACGCCGUGGACGGGGAUCAUGAAAACGGCGCGCACGACAAGGCGACCACGGCCAACGCUGACUCGGAGCUGGGAGCCAAACUGCAGCGGCGCGGCGAGCUGAACGAGGGGGUGGGCGAGCAGCAGCAGCCCAGCAUGAAGGUGUUCAACCCGUACACGGAGUUCAAGGAAUUCUCCAGGAAGCAGAUUAAGGACAUGGAGAAGAUGUUUAAGCAAUAUGACUCUGAGAAGGAUAACUUCAUUGACCUGAUGGAGCUGAAGCUGAUGAUGGAGAAGCUCGGUGCUCCACAGACUCACAUGGGCCUGAAGAAUAUGAUCAAGGAGGUGGACGAAGACUUGGAUGGCAAACUGAACUUCAGGGAGUUCCUCCUGAUCUUUAGGAAGGCAGCAGCAGGAGAGCUGGCUGAGGACAGUGGGCUGUGUGUCUUGGCUCGACUCUCUGAAAUCGACGUGUCCACGGAGGGUGUGAAAGGAGCAAAGUCUUUCUUUGAAGCCAAAGUCCAUGCCAUUAACGAGUCGAACCGUUUCGAGGCAGAGAUCCGUAACGAGCAGGAGGAGAAGAAACGACAGGCGGAGGAGAAGAAACAGCGACAAGCGGCAUUCAAAAAUCUCCAGUCAGCCUUUAAAUGACCAUCUUCCUGUCCUAUUAGAGCCCUGCUUUAACCAUUGCUCUCCAUCAUUAUUUGUGUCAGUCUCUUGUUUAUCAGAGCACCAUAGCAGGGAUACUAUGCAAUGCUUUGAGGUUUCCAUUCCAGGUUCACUUCCUUAAUGAGGGCUUAUAGUGUCAGGUUCAAGAUUAGAACUUUUAAGUAGGGUGUUGAAGUGAUUUACUUCAAUCCUCCACUAUUUGCCUCUUUUGAUCUUGAACUUGCAGUCCUCUAAGGACGUGUCUCUUUACACUGGACUGGAUGUGUCUCUCUUAAUUUGUUCUGCACUGUUAUUUCACACAUUUGCAUGUAUGAGGGCUUUCAGUUUAACUCCACUGUCCUCUUGUUCUUUAGUCAAAUAUGCAAGACACACAUGAGCAACUCCUUUUAAAGGGAAUUUUUAAUGUGGAUUUUUUUUUUUUAACUGUUGGAUUAUAUCUGCACAUCCAGUCCAUUGUGAUUCUUAUAUUCAGCGUCAUGAGGUAAAGACUAGGUUUCAUGGUAUCCUUGCUAACUGGGUUAGCACAGCAAGCAAGCAUUAUUAUGUACUUAAACCUUGCCUAAAAGAGUUCUGUAUUUUUACACUGUGGCUUGGAAAGGAGUGUGAGAACAUGCAUGUGAUGGUGUGUUCUGGUGGGGUAGGGAUUUUUUUUUUUUAUUAUUUAAAUUAUAAAUGAUAACUGUGUGAUGCCCUGACAAUCUUCCCCUUAACUGAAUCUCUAACAUCAGCUUCGUUGCUGUGGUGUCUCUCUUGCUCACACACGUCCGUGCACACACGUUUCCAAUCUUGUGGAGCACUAAAUGCCCUUUAAUGGUCAUUAGGUCUCAUUAUUGUUGGUGUAUUAUUGCUUAACUAGCCAGCCCCUUUUGAAAAAUAUCCCACCACCACACAUGCAUGGUUAUCAGUACUGAUUUGUCAGAUGUGUGUUCACACUGUGUGCAGGGUUUUUUUUUUUUUUUUUUUAAAACCAGGAUGCUCAUGAGAUUGUAAGGAGUGCAGAGUUAAAACACUUGUCCUCCUUUGAACUGCGUGGACUAACGCUUUAGUGUCAGGUGCCAGUGUGUGCAUACGCUAUAAUAAAUGUAAUCUGGUGCUGGCAUGAAAAUCUAGUUCGUUACCUCUCUCAGCAAAGCCCUUUAGACUGUUUGAAAAUUUACUCUAACCUUUGAUGGGUUGGUUUGUUUGUUUUUUCCUUCCCCCUUCUCCUGCACAGUGUGUAACAUCAGUCUGGCAAAUUUAAUUUUUAAGAACUACAAGUGUUUUACUGUGGAGAAAAAGGGCACAUUGACAGUUUGUCUCCAUGCUUCCAUUUGAAUGAUUUUAAAUCAUAAUUGAACUACUUUUUGCUUGAGAGUUAAAUAUAAAACUUGUGCAAGUUGCAGCACACUUCAGCACAGCUAACUGAGAUGUUUAAAAAAAAAAAAUCCAAUAUUUUUUUCCAGAAAUUUAAACUGCAUUUAGUUUUGUAUGGUGUGGGGGCCUUUUUGAAAAGCUUAUUUUUAGCUUAAUGAUAUCAUUGUUCACAAAUGUGUCUCCUUUCUCAAUAUCAGCAGUUCCUCACAGUGCUGUUAUGUGACUUAAAUGUGAGAUUUGGUUUUAUUUUUGAGGCAGUGGUCUGCUAUGCAUCCUGUUAUAUUCAAUAUAUUUGUAGUCACUGGCAGUCUGUGAUUUUGUAUUAUGAAUAAGCAAACAAUAGAUGCAUGAAAAUUUCAUAGAUUUGUCUUCAAAUGGUUUUGAAUGUUCUGCAGAUUAAACGUGGGGUUUGAGUGAAUAAUCCUAAUCUAGUGUGUCUCUAUAUGGUGGUGGUAGAUAUUUGAUAAGCACUGGAGUCCUUGAGGGACAUAAACUAUGAUUGAUUGGCUCUAAAUGGAUCCUCCAUCAAUCCUUACUGUGGGGGGACUGUAAAAAAAAAAAAACUUUUAAAGUUGGUAACCAGGCUGCCUUAAAAUUUUGAAUUCACUCAGACUUCUAGUUCGCGCAAUCAAUUUAACUUGCAAUAUGACUUUUUCAAAGAACUCCUUUUUAAGAUGGCCAGGUUACUAAGUUUUACAGUGUAAUUCUCUGCAUAAAUCUUCCGAGAGGACCGGCAUGGCACUCAUUGUGUCCGAGGGUUGAUUGCAGUUAUGUUCAACAAAUUACAGGAAUAUUUAUAAUCCAGAUUGAAAGACUUCAAACUUUAUGCUGACUACCAAGCAGUACAACACAUCCAAUUGGCCAAUUCUCAAAGCACAUCAGUUUUUAUGUUCACCCCUCAUUUACUUCAGUGUUUCCACUGUAAAGGCACUUCCUGCUAAUUGAGUGACUAGUGCUUAACAGGCCAGUGCUUUCUAACUCCACCUUCUCUGCAGGCAGCCGAAACCAAAAUACUGUACUGUUCUUUGUCCUUUUCAAUUUUCUGUCAGUUUGUGAAGACAUUGUGAAGACAUUCCAUGUGUUUUAGCAAAGUUCUGUUUGCUUCACUUCAGCAUAAUUCCAAUAACUGUCCUGAGUUCAAUAUUAAGUGUUGUUUACCAGAAAAGGUGAUCAUAAACAGAUGUUUCAUGAAUAGUGACUGUGGUGCAGUGAUUUUGGAGAUGUAUUUGUGGUGUUUCUCUCUCUCUUCAAACACACCCUAUCGUUCAUGCUCUUGGAGUGUAAGAGAUAAAACAGACCCAGAACAGUGCAUGUGUUGCCCAAGACUUGGUUUGAGAUCAUUGCUGAAGUUCCCGAGCUAAGUUCGGGAAGUUCUUUGGACUCCAGUCAGCCUAUGUUUUAGUCUUUUUGAAAACCUUUGGCCUAAGAUAGUGUGUGGAGUCUGCUAACACUUCUUUAAUGGUAGUCUUAUGGAUUUUGUUAGUAAAUCAAACAGUCCCUUUGAUGCGUUGUGUUAAACUGACAAAGUUUGAGCUUUAGUUGGAUAAAACCAAAACAGUAAGGCCAAAAAAACCCCAAAACCCCUUAAUUUUUAGAAUAAUUCUUCACACAACCUUCACAUUUAUGUUCCAAAGAUUUGAAGGGUUGCAGUGGCCUUGGAUCAUCUUUAACUGUUGUUCUGUCACCUGUCUUGAUCAGCUGGUUUUAAUUUCAUCCUUGUGGAGGCUUAUACUUAAUAUAUGGCUGAUAGAUGUAGUUAUUUUUUGUAUAAAUCUUAUUGCAAUAAAAUGUUUACAUUUUUCA